AUGGCAACUGCCUGGAAUCAAAUUGCUUCCCUGUGUAAACUCCCUGCUCCCCUGGAGGGACGGUGCCUCUAUCUGGGUGUGCCAGCUUUUGCUCCAGCUAUCCCACAGGCAGAGAUGAGGGGACAACCCUCACCACAGACUGUUUACCUCUGCCAGCAUCCCCUGGACAUCCAGGCCUUUUUGUUAGAUGACACUCAUUUUUUCUCCUCUUCUCUGCCCCCCCCCCCUUUCUGUCUUUGGCUGCAUUUUCCUUAUGUUAUUGCUGUGUGUCUAAACAAUGCAGCAAUUACGCUGGCCAUACGGGUCACGUCCACAGGGCCCCAGACCAUUAAGAAGGCCGUAGGACAGGACGUGAUACUGGGAUGCACCUACAGCGAGAGCCCUGAUGAUGCGGGGGAGCUGGACAUCGAAUGGACGAUUGUCAGUCAAGACAUGACCCAGAAAGACCAACUGAUUUUAUCCUACACGGGCGGGAGGGAAUUUAAGCUGGGAGACCCGAGCCUCAUGAGCAGGCUCUCCUUCACCGCCGAUCCGAGCCGCGGCGACGCGACCAUAGCCAUCACUUCACUAAGAGUCACUGACACAGCCACUUAUCAGUGCAAAGUCAAGAAGACACCCGGCAUCGACUCCCGCAAAGUCACGCUGGUGGUUCUCGUGCGCCCCUCUGUACCAAAAUGUUGGGUUGAAGGAAGAGAGGAGAAGGGAGCCGCAUUUUCACUCUGUUGCAAGUCUUCCAAAGGAUCCACUCCCUUAACCUACACGUGGAAGAGAGAGAGUGGAGGGCCUAUGCCACCCACAGCUAGCCAGAAUUCUCAGACUGGAGAGCUUUUGAUUCGAAAUCACUCUGAGAGUUACACUGGUCACUACCUGUGUGAGGUCAGCAAUGAAGUAGGCAAGGAGCAGUGCAAAUACACCCUGAAGGCCCAUAACCCAACCAACAAAGCCGGCGUAAUAGCCGGAGCUGUUAUUGGUGCUCUGCUGCUGUUGCUCCUCCUCCUGUUGCUCAUCUGGCUUCUGAUUUGCUGCUGUCACAAGCGACGCUAUGAGAAAGAGGUUGCUAAUGAGAUAAGGGAGGACGCCCCCGCACCAGAGAGCCGCCCAAACAGCAGGCUAUCGAGCAUCCGCACAGUAAUGGGCUACCGCGCACACUCCGGGGUGGCCUACAGUGCAGUCAGGCAAGGCCAAACCGCUAGGUCUCCUUCAGGACGUAGCAGCAUCUACACUGACCCAAAUGGUGUUCCACGACCUUCCUCCAACACACCCAGUGACUACAAACCACCGCUUCGUUACGACAGCAAAUACGGAUACCCAGUAUAG